AUGCCAGAGGUCGACAAGUUGCCCAUAUUUACUCAAGAAAGACCACCACCUCCCUUUCCUCAUAGAAUUAGAAAAGCCAAGAAAAAACAACAGUUUAAUAAGUUCAUGGAGAUUCUUAAACAACUUCAUAUCAAUAUUCCAUUGAUUAAUGUUAUUCAACAAAUUCCCAAUUACUCCAAAUUCAUGAAAGAUGUUCUCACAAAAAGAAAUAGGGUAGGAGAAUUUGCAAUUGUUGCAUUAACUCAAGAGUGUAACCAACUUGUGCUAGGAACACGUCCUCCCAAAUUGAAGGAUCCUGGAAGUUUCACUAUUCCAUGUAACAUUGGAGAGACAUUUUGUGGCAGAACAUUAUGUGACCUUGGAGAUAGUGUUAAUCUUAUGCCAUUAUCCAUAUUCAAGAAACUCAUAAUUGGAGUUGUCAGGCCUACAACAAUCACACUCCAACUUGCAAAUAUGAGUGUAUGUUAUCCUAAAGGAAAACUUGAAGAUUUUCUAGUCAGGGAGAAGAAGUUUGUAUUCCCUAUUGACUUUAUUAUCAUGGAUUUCAAUGCUGAUAAAGAAACUCCCAUUUUGUUGGGAAGACCCUUCCUUGCCACGGGAAUAACUUUGAUUGAUGUGGAAAAAGGAGAACUCACGAUGAGGGUGAAUGGACAACAAGUUGUAUUCAAUUUACUAAAUGCUUUGUAA